AGAGCUCGAACACAAGUCAUGGAGUGUAGUUCCUGGACCUGGAGGAGCUCCCACUCUGGUUCCUUACUGGAAUAAUUACGAAUUUGAUUGGUUUUAAUAACAAUUGUAAUUGAUUUUGCUUUGCUGUUGUUUAUAUAUGCAUCAGGCUUCAUUCCAGCCAGGUGGGUCUUAACAGGUCUCUCAUGGGUUCAGUCACCACUAGCAACUUCUUGAAUCCUCAGGUAUAUUUUGGCAAGCUUACAUAAGUCUGAUUUCCUUUUUUUUUUUGUUACAUGGAUUGCAGCUUGGUGCUGAGAUUAGAGUACCUGUGAAGAACACGCAUGUGUAUGCAUUUGCUGAGCAUGGGAACGAAUUGAGAAGCUCCAAGGACGUGAAAGGGAACCCAACCGCAGUGUAUAGGAGAAUGGGACAAGGUUCAUCAUACGGUGUAGGAGUGAAGUUAGGUUUUGGUAAGAGCUGAGUAUUAAGGUUAAUGAGAAGUAAGUUCGUGCAACUCACUUUAGGCUUUGCCAUUUUUAUCUUCAAGGAUUUGUUCUUUCAAAUAAUUGUUUAAUGUUAAAUGUUUUGAUUGUGUUGUUGAGUUAUGCUGAUAAUUUUCUUCAUCCUUUUAACUCCAUUGUUUAAAGUUUUAAGUGCAAGUGAGGGACAACGUUGAGCUUCUUAAUACUUAGUGGUAUUAAUUUUUGAGAAGAAAAUUUUAUAAUAUUUGAUUAAAGUAUAAUCCGCGCUUUACCUUUCUAGUAGUUGACAAAUGAGAAUCUAUAAUAUUGGUACUAUAUCAUGUCGGCUUGGUGCGCUAUCUUAUAAAAUUACCAGCAGGAGAUAGUGGGUCAUAGAAUAUUAGGAGGCAAUAAAAUUUGAUCAAGUGCCAAUGGCUGCAAACAUCCACAAAGUCGUCUUCAUAGCUAGUAAGGUUGACACGACCAAGGAAACAAAACAUAUCUUAUUUUGAGAUCUUUCAAUUCGAUUUGAGAUGGUUGAUGCGAUCACGGGGUACGUUGUCGGAAAGAUGGGUGACUAUCUCAUCAAACAAGCGUCGAUGCUGAUGACAGUCAGGGAUGAUCUUGAAGAGCUGAAGACGGAGUUGACUUGCAUCCACUGUUAUCUCAGGGAUGUUGAAGCACGAGAAAGAGAAGAUGAGGUCUCAAAAGAGUGGACUAAAAUGGUUUUAGAUAUAGCUUAUGAUGUAGAAGAUGUUUUGGACACUUAUUUUCUAAAGUUCAAAGAACGAUCACAGAGGAAAGGUUUGAUGAGACUGGCCAACAAAAUAGGCGAGAAAAAGGAUGCGUACAAUAUAGGUGACGAUAUCAGAUCCCUCAAGAGAAAACUUCUUGAUAUCACUCGCAAGCGUCAGGCUUACGGCAUAGGAAGAAGAUUCAAAGAGGUAACAAGUUGGAGGGUGAGGCAGCUUCGACGUGCUCGACCUGUUGAUCAUGAAGAGCUAGUAGUUGGUUUUGAAGAUGAUGUUAAGCUUCUUUUGGCAAAGCUGCUUGAUGAUGAGGGUGAGCGAUAUAUCAUCUCGAUAUUUGGCAUGGGAGGUCUCGGGAAGACUGCUCUUGCUAGGAAGCUCUACAACUUGGGGGAUGUAAAGAGAAGAUUUGAGUAUCGCGCCUGGACCUAUGUUUCUCAAGAUUAUAAUACACGAGAUAUGCUUUUAAGAAUCAUAAGAUCUCUAGGAGUUGCUUCUGGUGAAGAGCUUGAAAGGAUCAAGAUGUUUACAGAGGAGGAGCUAGAAGCUUACCUUCAUGAUCUUCUAGACGGAAGAAGGUACUUGGUGGUGGUAGAUGAUAUAUGGAAGCAGGACGCGUGGGAGAGCCUCAAGAGAGCCUUACCGUGCAAUCAUGGAGGAAGUAGAGUCAUCAUCACUACACGCAUCAAAGCUGUCGCUGAAGGCGUGGAUGGGAGAGUCUAUGUUCAUAAGUUAAGGUUUUUGACGUUUGAAGAAAGCUGGAAACUGUUUGAGCAGAAAGCAUUCAUGAAUUUUCAAUGGGUUGUCGAUGAGGAUCUGCAUAGAAUUGGCAAAGUAAUGGUUCAAAAAUGCGAUGGGUUACCUCUUGCUAUAGUCCUUCUUGCUGGGCUAUUGUCUAAGAAGAGGCCAAAUGAGUGGCAUGAGGUGUGUGCCAGUGUCUGGCGAUUCCUAAAGGAUAACUCUAUUCAUAUAUCCACUGUAUUUGAUUUAAGUCUCAACGAGCUGCAUUAUGAGUUGAAACUCUGCUUUCUUUAUCUUAGCGUCUUCCCUGAGGACUAUGAGAUUGAUGUGGAGAAAUUAAUACACUUACUUGUAGCAGAAGGGUUUAUACAAGAGGGGAGAAUGAUGAUGGAAGAUGUGGCUCGGCAUUACAUAGAAGAGCUGAUAGACAUAAGCUUAGUGGAAGCAGUGAGGAGAGAAAGAGGAAAAGUGGUGUUUUGUAGAAUCCAUGAUCUUCUUAGAGACGUGGCUAUCAAGAAAGCAAAGGAGAUCAACUUUGUAAGUCUUGUUUAUAACGACCAUCAUUCUUCUUCAACUACUUGCAGAAGAGAAGUGGUACACCAUCUUAUGGACAACAACUACUUGUGUGACAGACGUGUGAACAAACGGAUGCGGUCCUUCUUGUUCUUCGGAGAGCACAAGGUAAUGCUGGGAAGUUAUGUUAAGACCACAAACUUGAAACUGAAGCUACUUAGAGUGCUUAAUCUCAGAGGGCUUCUGUUUGACUGUGAAGGAUACAUCCCCUUUAUGAGUUUACCAGAUGUGAUAUGCGAGUUAAUACACUUGAGGUAUCUUGGUGUAGCUGAUACUGGUCUUAGACAUUUACCAUCUCUGAUCUCCAACUUACAGUUUCUACAGACACUAGAUGCAUCAGGCAACCGGUUUGAGGGAAUGACUGAUCUACGUAAGCUCACAUCACUAAGGCACCUCAUGGGAAGAUUCAUUGGAGAAUUACUAAUAGGAGAUGCGGUUAACCUCCAGACUUUAAGGUCUAUCUCCUCCUACAGCUGGAGUAAGCUACAAUGUAAGUCACUCAAAAACCUUCAAGACUUGGAGAUAUAUGAUUCCGGAUAUGUAGCGCUGACAAGAGUUCGUUUAAACUUGAGUUCCUUCUCUAAACUAACAAAUCUUCGUGCCUUAACUCUGAGAGUACCGACCUUCAGAAUAUCAUCAGAGGCAGUUGUGUUCCUUCCCAGCCUUGAGUCUUUGACAUUUUUCGGAACAAAUCUCGAGGAAGACCCAAUGCCUGCUUUGCGGAAACUGCCCAGACUGGAAGAUCUAGUCUUGGAAGAAUGUGAUUGCUCUGAAGUAAAGAUGAGCAUCAGUGCACAAGGUUUUGCUCGGCUGAGGAAGCUUGUAUUGUUCAGGGUAAGAUUAGAUGCAUUGUGGAUAGAAGAAGAAGCCAUGCCUAGUUUGAUGCAUCUGAAUCUGCUCAACAGAUUAGGACCAAGAACGAAGAUGAUGAUUCCAGAUCGAUUUUUGGCACUUGUUAGAGGUUACUAGAUUAUAAGCUUAUGAUUCAAUAUCUAACUUUUAGGCCCUGCUAUACAUAAUUUCAAGAAUAUGAUGAGCUUGUGGAAGAAGAGAAAAUUACUCAUGGGGUUGAAUCACUUCCACGCACACGCAUGUCAACACAAAAAUAUCAUGGUUUUUUUUAUUUUAAAAAGGAAAAAUGUAGUUACAAUAGCUUUUCUGAUGAAAAAUUGCACUGUAACAGUCAAAUAAUUGCUUAAUGUUAUUGUUCUGCUUGGGUUG